AUGUGGUCUAUUGAUCAACGGUACGUCGAGAUCUACAACAACGUGUUCCACAACCUGUUGGAAGGCGUGGCGGACGGCACCUCCGGCAACAGACGUGGCAAGAGCUCGCACAACGGCGGCGCCCGCUUGUCAGCAGAUGGCGGCGGUGGCACACCAGUGGUGCAACCAACAACGAUGCCCCCUCCGCCGCCCUCCACCAAGAUCGAGGUCCGCGAGCACCCUUCGAGAGGCGUGUUUCUCUCGGGGGGAAAAGGUCUCCGCGUCCCCGUCAGCUCCGCCAACGCCGUCGCCGCCCUCGUGGCCCGCGGCACGAAGUCCAGGCGGACGGCCUCCACGGGCUUGAACGACCGCAGCAGCCGCAGCCACGCCAUCCUGAUCCUCGAGAUAGAAGCGACGCACUCCCCCCCCUCGGCGGCGGCGGCGGCGGCCGCGGCGGCGGCCGCUAGAGCACGGGGGGACGCUGUGGGCGGCCCUUCGUCCUCCGUUCCGUCUGGAGGUCUCGGGAGUAGCAAUCCUGCAGCGGGGGGCGUCGGGCCACUUGGGGUGGCGAGGGUUGGGGCGGGCAGACGAGGAGGCGCCGGAGGGGGGGGAAGAAGGAGGUCGAUCGUAGAGUGUGUCAGCAUCGGAAAGAUGCAGCUGAUCGACCUGGCGGGGUCAGAGCGAGUCUCUAUGUCCGAGGUGGAAGGGUCAUCGCUCGUCGAGGCUCAGAACAUCAACUUGUCCCUCACCCUGCUGGGCGACGUCCUGAACUCUCUCUCUAAGUACCAUCGCGCUUCCGCCCGUUCCUCUUCUGCGGGAGGGGCUGAGGGGGGUGGGUCGUCUUCUGGUGCUCCGCCUGCGGGCGGGGGCCGGGCGGUCGGCGAGAAGCCCUUCGUCCCCUACCGGAACUCCAAGCUGACGUACCUGUUGAAGGACUCUCUAGGCGGGAACUGCAAGACGCUGAUGGUCUGCGCCGUGAGGGCAGCGCCGGCGUGCUUCCAGCAGACGAUGAUGUCGCUAAGAUACGCAGGGCGGGCUAGAGACAUCAAGAAUGUGCCUCACCGGGUACUUGAGGAGGGGGGUGGCGGAGGCGGCGGCGGUCGCGGCGGCGGUGGCGGCAAUGGCACCUCGCUGAGGGGCACAGUGGAUGAGAUCGAGAAUCUUCGAACCAAGCUCGUCGAGACGACAGCGGAGUUCGAGCGGUUACGAGGCGCAACGGCCACGGGGGAGUCAGAGAAGAAGGCCCUGCGCGACCAGCUGAAGGCGCUGGCAGAGAAGAACCGCUGCGAGAAGGAACGCAUGGAUGAGCUGCUGGAGGGGGUCAUCCACAGCCAGAGGGGGGAGCUAGAGAAGCGGAAGGCGGAGUUCGUCGAUCUACAGGACACCAUGGACUCGCAUGCGGAGACCAUCGAGAAGCAGAAGGAGAAGAUAAGAGACCUGCAGACGGAGAGAGAGGCCGCGGCGUCUGCUGCGUCUACCGCCAUAGACCAGGCCCAAGAGCUCAGGCAGGCCCUGGAGCGGGCCGAAAAGGUCUCGUCGGAGCUCCGCGACGAGGCGUCAAGGCUGAGGGCGAAGGGGGAGCUGCUCCGCAUCGAGAGGGACAGUUCUUCGGCCCGGGUGACCCGCCUGGAGGAGGAAGGGAGGGAGAGGGAGACGGCCAGGGAGGCAGAGAAGGAAGAAGUGGGCACAUACCGCAAGGCGGUGAAGAAGAUGGCCAAGGAGCGGGAGGGACUCAAGGCCAGGGCCAAAGAGGCGGAGGAGCGAGCGAAGGAAGCAAUGGCAACGUUAGCCGAGUCAAAGAAGGACGCGGAGGAGGCCGUGGUUGUGGCGGCCACGAGGGAGGAGGCGUUCUUGUCGAGGGAGGCGGCCGCCGAAGAGCGCGCCGCCGCGGCGGAGGGGAGGGCGCGGCGGUGGGAGAAGAAGGCCGACGAGUUGGCUACGGCUCUGAACCAGAAGUCCCGGGAGGAGGCGGCGGGUCUCAGGGCGGAGGCUGAGCAGGGAAAGAGGGCCUUGGCCGAGGCCUCCGAGGCGAUGGCUUCGUCCGAGCGAAGCCUCACGGUCGAGAGAGACCGGGCCUCUCGCGCCCAGGCCGUAGCGUCCGCCCUCCGAGCGGAGGUCGAAACGGGAAAGGCGGAGCUGUCCGCCCUCACGGAGACAGUGGCGCUGCUUAAGAGGCGGAAGAUGGAGGUGGAGCUGGGCAGCGAGUUGCUAGACACGAAGAAGGGCGAGGUUGAGGCUGCCCUGGCGGAGGAGUCUGCCCGAAGGUCUAUGGCCGAGGGCAGAGGACGGGAGCUCGACAAAUCGAUGGCCUCACUGUCCCACGAGCUCGAGGCCCUGCGAUCGUCCCUGUUCGAGGCGACGGGGGGCAAAGCCGCGGCAGAAGAGCGGGUCAGACAGCUCUCAGCGGCUCGGCGGGAGGCAGACGAUCGGUUGGAACGAGGGAUCCAAAAGCUUGCUGCCCUGGAAACAUCGAACGAUUUCCUGAGGGAGGAGCUCGCGGAGGCCCGGCGAGAGGUGGGGGCCGUGGAAGCGAGGCUGGAAGAAAGCCUCGCAGGGACCGAGGCGCUCAACAAGAAGCUCUCGGCAGGGGAGCAGGAGGCCGGGGACCUCAAGGAAGGUCUCGGCAGAAGAGACGCGGAGGUGGCCGCACUCAAGGCGGAGAUUGCAAGAAAUGCCGCAGACACGCAGGCCGCGGCCGGAAAGGCCGAGCAGGAGCUAAACGCCGUCCGGGAGGAAGUGGCGGGCCUAGAAGCGAGGUUGGAGUUGGAGACCAACGAGUCGGAGCGAGCACGCGAGCAGCUGGAGGCCCGACACGUCGAGGCCACUGACAGGGCAGCGCGGGAGCUGCGUGAGGUGCGUGUCGCUCAUGACUCGGAGAUGGCCAGCUCCAAGAGCGAGGCGAGCGAGCGGCAACAAGGCAUGCUCGAUGAGCACCGGCGGGAACUUGAAGACCUCACUUCGAAGAUGAAGGAGCUGCGGGAGUCGAAGGAACGGGAGGCCGCGGAAAAGGACCUACAGCACACAGCCGCCCUUCAUGACGCGGCAGCCGCAGCGGCCGAGAGAGAGCGACUGGCGGGAGAAGCGGCGGCUGCUGCUGCCACCAGGGACGCGGAGGCUCUGCAGCGAUCGCGGGACGAGGAGGAGAAAAACCGGCGCGAGAGCCUGCUCCGCGAGCAGCGCGCGGCCCUGGAGCUGGCCUCCGGCACGGCGGAGGGGCUGCUGCGGGAGGCGCUGGAAGCGCGGGGCGGGGAGGCCGACCGCUUGCGCCAAGAGCUGGAGGAGGCGAGAGUCAGGCACGCCGCCGAGAGGAAAGAAGAAGAAGAGGCCAGGAGCAGGCUGGAGAAGGGGCGGGAGGCGGAGAGGGAGAAGGCCCACGCUGCCGAGGUCGACGCGGCCCAGCGGGCGCUGCGGGAGGCGCUGGCGUCGCAGGCCAAGGAGGCCGACCAAGAGCGGGAGAGGGCGUGCUUGGACCUCGAAGAAGCGGCGGAGCGGCGGCUCCAGAGGGCGGUCUCCGAGGUGACUCGGGAAGCGGAGCGAGCGUCUACAGAGGCGGCGGCGGCAGCAAGAGAGCGAGAGCUGCGGUUGGAGGCCGCGAGCAGAGAAACCCUGCGGACGGAGCUGGCGGAACAAAGGAGGCUGCUGGAGGAGGAGUUUUCAGAGAGGGAUGCGCGGGCGGGGGAGGAGCGGCGGGUGGCGGCGAGGGCGGCGGAGGAGGAGGCCGAAAGCCGGUUCACGGAGAGGGAGAAGGAGGCCUUGGAGAGGGUGGAAGGGGUGAGGGGAGCCGAGGCCUCCACGGCAAACAAGCAGCUUCGCGCCCUUAGCAGGAAAGUGGUCCAGCUGGAAUCGGCGAAAAAAGAGGCGCAGGAAGCCUCCCAGCGGGAGUCGGAACGUUUGAGAGCCGCGCUAGCUGCUGUCGAACAGAGAUCGAAGGAGGCCGAAGAUCGCGAGUUCGCUGCACUAGCGGCAAGGGAUAAAGCCCUGUCGGCGGCCAACGAGGAAAGGGGAGAAAAAGAAAAGGUUAAGAAGGCGCUGAGGGCAUCUCGAGAGGAGGCUGCGAGGGAAGGGGAAGAGGCUGAGGAGGCGCUAAGGGCGUCGCGAGAGCUGGCCGAGAAGGCAAAGCAAGAAACGAAGGCCGCGGAGGAACUAGCCAGGGUCGCUCGAGAGAACGCCGCCGAGGAAAAGGAGGCCGCCACGGAGGCGUUAAGGGCAUCCCGACAGGAGACCACGAGACAGAAAGAAGCGGCGAAGGAGGCGCUGCGGGUCUCCCUAGAGCAGGCCGAGACGGAGAUUGUUGCCGCCAAGGAGGAGCUGAGAGCCUCUCGGGAGGAUGCCGAGAGGAAACGGGAAGAGGCUGAGGAGGCGCUGAGGGCCGCUCGAGAGGAGGCCGAGACGGCGAAGGAAGAAAGAAAGACCGCGGAGGAAUCGGCCCGGGUCUCUCUGGAGAAGGCGGCUGAGGAUCAUGAAUCCCUCAAGGAGGCGCUAAGGGUCUCUCGAGAGGAAGCCGAGACGGCGAAAGCGGGAAAGAAGACCGCGGAGGAAUCGCUUGGGGUCGCUAAGGAGGAGGCCGCGAGAGCCCGGGCGUCCGUGAGGCAGGAACUCGAUUCUUCCCUGGAAGAGGCCUCGGCGCUACGGGCAGGGUUCACUGAGGCGGAGAACCGCUUCAACGAUGCCGCGGGGGCGGCGGAGGCGACUCGGGAGGAGCUGCUUUCGGAACAGAAGGAGGCCUUCGUGGAGAGGGAGGAAGAUCUGCAGCGCCGCGUCCGGGAACUUCAGGAGGAAGCCAUCGCAGCGGCGACCGAGCACGAGGCGGCCCUGACCGGGGAAAGAGCCGCCGGCCUCCAAAACCUGCAGUUGGAAAAGGAGGAAGCAGCGAAGCGCGAGCAAGAGCUGGACGAAAGAGCUUCCGAGCUUGAAGGGGUCGUGGAGUCGCUCAGGCAGGACCUCGAGGAGGCCGUGGCGGAGAGAGACGAAGCCGAGUCGGCGGUCCAGAAGAGAGGGGAUGGGGUGCGGCAGCGGGCGCUAGGCCUGGCGGCGGAGCUUCGAGAGGAAAAGGCACUGAACGCUCAGCUGAGGGCCGCAUCGGAGGAGGCUGCUCUGGACGCAGAAGAGGUCAAAGUGGAGAUGACGUCACUGAGGGCGAGGGCAGCGGCGCUAGAGGAGGAGAAUCAAGCCUUAGAGGAGGCCGAGCUGCCCGACCUAAGAGCUCGACCAGAAGAAAGUUGCGGAUGUGCUGGUCAGACGAUGGAAAGAUGUCUUGCGGCAGAGAUAAAUCAACAGCGUCGGCCGUAUCCGUAA